GUCACGAAUGUUGUAAUAUUUGUAAUAUGAAGUAAACAUGUACACAAAUACCUAGUUAACGCGAAUAUAAUGAGGAGGAAAGUAAUUCAUUGAUUUUUAUUGACAAUGCUUUUAUUAAAGAUAAAAUUUAAAUUUUGCAUGGUGAUUUUCCUUAAAAUGGCUGGAGAGGAAGUCUUGCAGAAACUCUGAAGUGGAGAGAAUGGAUAAUACUUAAUCCGCAACUUAAGUGAUUUUCGGAAACAGGAAUAGGAAAAGGGAACUACUUCAACUCAUGAGGGAUCACAUUUCAAAGUAGCCACUGUCAUAUUGUAGACCGUUAAGAAUCUACAUUCAUGAACCAGAUUUCCUGCGGUUUAUCAAGAUGCUAUCAUUAAAUUUAAUAACAUGCGCCCUCCUUGUGGCAACAGUCAGCGCAGAAGGUAUUUUGCCGCAGUUUGAUUUCUUCGACCCAAAUAGAAAAAUCAAUAAACGAUUGGCAUCUUACGUUGAAAAGCAUGGACCUCCAGAAGGAUUGGAGGAACUGUGGUUCGAGCAAAAACUUGAUCAUUUCACACCCUCCGACACGGAGGUUUUUUCUCAGAGGUAUGCGAUGAACAAACAGUAUUAUGGCAAUAACAGUGUAGCGUUUUUAUUGAUCUCCGGAGAUGUAAUUAUGAUAGAAUCUUUUCUUGGAUACAGCUUCAUGGGAGAUGAGGCUAAAAAAUGGAGAGCUGCAACCUUCAUGCUUGAGCACCGAUUUUAUGGAAAAAGCGUACCGAAAGGCCACCUUAAGAUGGACGCAUUGAAAUAUUUAAGCAGUGAGCAGGCCCUGGCAGAUAUUGCAAAUUUUAUAACGCAAAUGAACACUAAACAUGGAUUUCAAAAUCCAAAAUGGAUAGUUUUUGGAUGGAAUUACGCCGGAUCCUUAGCAGCCUGGAUGAGGUAUAGAUAUCCCCACUUGGUCUAUGCAGCCGUGUCUUCAAGUGCGCCUCUCAUUGCAAAAGCCAAUUUCUCUGAUUAUUUCCAAUCUGUAUCAAAGUCUCUGUCCACUGUUAGUGCAAAGUGCGUGGAUGCUAUACGAGAAGCCUACCGUAAAAUGAGCGACGGAAUGAAGAAUUCAACGAAACGGGAACACUACCGCGAACUCUUUCAUCCAUGUGAGCCUCUCGAGGAUAACAAAAAUGAUAUUGCGUUAUUUUUUCGAACGAUCACUUACUCUUUCGCUUUCAUCGUCGAAUACCGUGGUUCAAUAUGGUUUAAAGACAUCAGUAUGGAAAGCGCUUGUCAGAUCAUGACUGAUGAAACUAUACACAAAUGUCCGGUUCAUCGGCUCGCAGUUUGGUUUAAUAAGUUAUACUACUCUUCGCGUUGCUGGGAGCACAGAUAUUCAGCUAUGAUUGAGAUUCUGAAGAACACGACAGCCAGAGAUUACGGCAACUCCAGGCAGAUGGCUUUUCAGUCAUGCACAGAAUUUGGCUGGUGGCACCAUACGUCCAGCAAAAGAGAUGACACGUUUGGAGAUAGAUUAACUUUGGAUUUCUUUGCGACCAUGUGCAAGGAUGCUUUCGACUCCAGGUUCAAUACAUCAUUCUUGGAGGCUGCGGCCCGAGAUACAAAUAUGAUCUACGGAGGUCUUUCAUUGGAUGUUAGCCGGGUGUUGUUCGUCCAUGGAUCGAUGGAUCCCUGGUCAUCAAUUGGCAUCACCAAGGAACCGCCAAGAGGGAGUAUUGCUGUCUACAUCAAAGGGUUAGGCAACUGUGCGGAUGUGUUUCCAACACACGUGGAGGAUUCUCCGCAAAUAAAGAAAGUACAUGAGAAAAUGUCGCGAAUUCUUCAAAGGUGGACAACUGGAAAAAAACAGGAGCCUAAGAUGAAGUCAAUUUACCACUUCUAAAAAACAUCAAAUGUAGGAUGAAGAAUCGAGCGUUGUUACGUUGUAUUUUCUCAAUACUCAAAAAUAAAUCUCACAUUUUUCAGUGUAAAA